AUGAAAGACAAGUCAAUGAAGACAACCGGAAUUUUAACGGUCACAGAACUAAGCUAUGCUCAUGAUAUAAUAAUAAAAACAUCUCAAAAACAAUCUUUUCCGGAUGAAUAUAGAAUGUUAACAAAGGGAGAUAAAAUCAGUACUUCGAGUAAAUUAUUGGCCCUGAAUCCAUUUAUUGGUACCGACGGUCUAAUUAGAGUAGGAGGCAGGUUAGUAAAUGCCGAUAUAGAUUUUGCCAAGAAACAUCCUAUUCUAUUGGACACAAGGCAUCAUGUGACUUUAUUAUUGCUACAAGAGGAGCAUGUGAGACUGAUGCAUUGUGGACCAAAUCAACUUCUAUAUUCGUUAAGAGAAAAAUAUUGGCCUAUAGCAGGACGCAGACUAGCGCGAUCUGUUGUAAAAGGCUGCAUUACUUGUCGUAAGGCCCAGCCAAUGGGAUGCAAAUAUUUAAUGGGAAAUCUUCCUUCAGAAAGAGUCAACAAAUAUAUUCCUUUCACAAAUGUUGGAUUAGAUUAUGCCGGACCUAUUCUCAUUAAAGAUAGAAAAUUACGAGGGGCAAAAUUAAUAAAAGGGUACAUUUGUUUGUUCAUUUGUAUGAGUACAAAGUGUGUCCACCUAGAGUUGCUUACCGACUUAUCAUCUGAAGCAUUCUUGGCAAUGUUCAAGAGAUUCAUUGGCAGACGAGGUCGACCAUCUCAUUUAUUCUCCGAUAAUGGGACUUCUUUCAUAGGAGCCAAUAAUGAAUUGAAAAGGUUCAUAGAAGCUUAUUCGACUUCGAUAGCUGCUGCACAUACUAACGAAAAUAUAACUUGGCAUUUCAUUCCCCCUAGGGCCCCUAAUUUCGGCGGUCUCUGGGAGUCCAAUAUAAAACAAGUUAAAUAUUAUUUGAAAAGAAUAUUGAAAAAUACUAGCUUAACGUAUGAAGAUAUGAUGACAGUUUUGAUACAAAUAGAAGGUAUACUUAACUCUCGUCCCCUUUGUCCCUUAUCAUCUGAUCCUUCCGAUUUUAAUCCCCUGACUCCAUCUCAUUUUCUGCUUGGGAAAACAGUCUCAUCUAUUCCUGAGCCUGCAUAUGUUAAAAUGCCAGACAAUCGUCUGAGUCACUACAAAUACCUACAGAAGAUCAUUCAAACCUUUUGGCAGCGAUGGUCAGUCGAAUAUGUCUCUGACCUGCAAGCAAGAACGAAAUGGAAAGAAAAUGUCGAGAAUCUCCUCCAAGUCGGCAGUUUGGUACUGGUUAAACAAGAAGAUGCACUUACCUACUCCUGGCGUUUGGGCAGAAUCAUCGAGUUGCAUCGUGGAACUGAUAACAUCAUCAGGGUUGCCACAGUGAAGUUUAGUGAUGGUUCGGUCUGUAAAAGAGCGAUUUCGAAAUUAUGUGUUUUACCAGUGUCUGGUAUAUAA